AUGGCCGCCUCGUCUUUCGUGGCAGCUCUGGCGGUAAUGCCCCUUCUGCCCCUCAUUUUGCUGCUCCUGCUUCGAUUGUUGAUCCGGGGCCUGGGCUGGUUUCUGCAAACCAGAUCCAAGGACAGGAGGGCCGCUAUCAUAACCAAAGUUCGGCGUGGUCGUGAUGCCAUCUCGACCAGACUACGACCAACUCAUCAAGAUAGCGAAGAUGGUUGGGAGAAGGUUGAGAAGGCUGGCAAGGCUGACAAUGGCAAGCUAAUGCACCAUGAAUGGGAGGGCAUAGUUGGCUUCUUCCAUCCUUUUUGCAAUGCGGGAGGUGGUGGCGAAAGAGUGCUAUGGGCUGCUAUUGCUGCCACGCAGAAACGCUGGCCCAACGCCAUCUGUGCCGUCUACACGGGCGAUCACGACAUCGAUCGCAGCGUCGUGGUAACGACCGUCAAAACUCGCUUCGGAAUCACGUUGCAAGAACACUCGUUGGUGUUUCUCUAUUUAUCUCGGCGGUACUUUGUCCUCGCAAGCACCUACCCAUACUUCACCUUAUUAGGACAGUCACUGGGCUCCUUGGUCCUUGCUUAUGAUGCCUUUCAGCUCCUUGUGCCGGAUAUAUUCGUCGACACUAUGGGGUAUGCCUUUGCAGUAGCGUUUUGCAAAUUUCUGUUUCCAAAAGUGCCCACCGCAGCUUAUGUGCACUAUCCAACGAUCUCUACCGAUAUGCUGGAAAGCCUGGAUGACACCACGGGUCAAAAGGGCAUCAAUUCUGGAGCUGGAGCAGGGUGGAGAGGCAAGAUCAAGCGAUACUACUGGCUUGCAUUCGCGGUGCUGUAUGGCUGGGUUGGAAGGCAGAUUGAUGUGGUUAUGUGCAAUUCCACAUGGACACAAGGCCAUAUACGGCAGCUUUGGGGAUCAAAGGCAGCAUCCUCAACAUUCGGCGCCAUCGUCUAUCCUCCCUGUCCUGUUGAGGAGCUAGAGGCCAAGAUCGAGGUAACUCCAGAAAGCGAGAAAGGACGCGAGAAUAUUAUUCUCUACAUUGCACAGUUCCGGCCAGAGAAGAAUCACCCCCUUAUCCUUCGGGCAUUUGCCGAGCAUCACAAAUUGGCGAAAGACAAGCCAAGACUCGUUCUUAUCGGGUCUGUGCGAAGCAACACACCAGACGAGAAGCACAUCUAUAAACUGCGACUUGAAGCACGCGAAUUGGGAAUAAAGGAUGCGACAACAUUCAUCUGCGAUGCGCCGUUCUCGGUGAUCCUGGAAUAUUUGCAGAGAUCAAGUGUCACCACGAACGGAAUGUAUUCGGAGCAUUUCGGCAUCGGCAAUGUGGAAGGACUCGCGGCAGGUCUGAUCCCAGUGGUUCACAACAGUGGAGGACCAAAGCUGGACAUUGUGGUGCCUUACGAGGGAAAGCCUGUUGGCUUUCACGCUGAAACAGCUGAGGAGUUUGCCGCAGCUUUUGGUCAGGUUGCAGCCCUCCCGCCGGACGAACGAUAUGCUAUGCGUUUAAGAGGUCGUGCAAGCACGAAGAGGUUCACAGAAGCAGUCUUCGCCCAAAAGUGGGUUGAGGAAAUGGAAACCCUGGUGAACAUGCACAUUACGAAUCGUUCUUAG